UUUUCUUUUUAAAUUUAAGUUUAUUUUUUUGAGAGAGAGAGAAAGAGAGAGAGAGAGAGCAAGUGCAGGAGGGGCAGAGAGAGAAUCCCAAGCAGGCUCCACACUGCACAUAGACUGGUGUGGAACUUGAACUCACCAACCGUGAGUUCAAAUCUCUUGGCUUUUCCUAUGAGAUAAUGUCCAAGAUCCAUAUCAAGACCCAACUAAAAAGUCAUUCCCUCUAUGAUCCAGACACUGCUGCAGCAAGAUUAAGCAAGGAUCAAAACUUUCUCCUGUGACAGGUCAGUAGCAAAGAUAUGUGAUUCUGGCCUGGUGGAUUGUUGCUUACACAUUUUUGGUUAAGCAAACAUGAGUGGACUUUCGAAGAUCUGGAAAUAGCUGGAGGACAGCAUUAAGCUAACUGUAGAGUCAUUUACAGGAUUCCAUGAUAAGCAGCUGGAGCCCCUAGAGGAGAAAAAUAGAAUCAUAGAGCAGAGGUCUUCAGAAUGAGAUCAGUAUACCCCUGGGCAUCCUGGAAGGCUGCCCAAGUGCACUUGCAGUUUUAAGGAAAUGGAUUUCCAUAUUUCAACUACCAUUUUACUUUUCCCUGAAAUUGGUCUGCUUGAGAACAAGCCUGACUACACAAUAGUCCUCCUUCCAUUUUAUAAAAGAAAAAAAACACGUUUCUCACGUCACAAUUCAAACUAGGGCUCAUUGCCCUAGAGCAAAAAAACAUAAACAAAAGCAAAAAAUGUCUUUGUAUCAAAGAGGAUCUAUCAAAAUACUGAUUUCAGGAAAAAGUUUUCACAGAGUCAUCAAGGCAUUUUUGUCCAUUGACAGAUGAAUGGAUAAACAAAAUGUGGUAUAUACUUACAGUAGAAAUAUCCAGUCUUAAAAAGGAAGGCUAGGGGAGCCUCAGUGGCUCAGUCAGUUGAGUGUCUGACUUUGGCUCAGGUCAUGAACUCACCCCUCCUGAGUUCAAGCCCCAUGUCGGGCUUUGCACUGAUAGCCUGACAGCAUGGAGCCUGCUUCAGAUUCUCUGUCUCUCUCUCUCUGCUUCACCCCCUCCUGCACUCUCUCUCAAAAAUAAAUAAACAUUAAAAAAUUGUUUUAAAGUAAAGCUGACAAAUGCUACAGUAUAGAUAAUAUGGAUAAACCCUUGAGGACAUUGUCUUAACUGAAAUAAGCCAGUCACAAAAUGACAAAUACUGUAUCAUUCCACUUACAUGAGUUACCUAAAGGAGCCAGAUUCAUAGAGACAGAAAGUAGAAGGGUGGUUGCAUAGCUAGGGAGAGGGCAGGAAUCAGGAGUUAUUGUUUAAUGGGAAGAGUUUCAAUUUUAUAAGAUGAAGAGUUGGGGAAAUGGAUGGUGGUGAUGAUUGCACAACAAUUUUAAUGUGUUUAAUGUCACUGCAUUGUACACCUAAAAAUAGUUAGGAUGGUUUUUAAAAAAAUCAAUCAAAGCACUCUAAACCCAGGGGGUUCCUGUCUAAUAUUUAUUUAUGCAAAGGGCUUGGCUUUAGAAAUAGAUAUUUGAAAGCCUGUAUGGAGAACUCUGGAAUCACAAUGGCCAAAGCAGCAUGGAUUAUUUAAAAUGUAAGUGUCAUUUUUUUUAAAUGUUAAUUUAUUUAUUUUAGAAAGAGAGAAAGACAGAGAAAACAAGUGGAGGAGGGACAGAGAGAGAGGGAGACACAGAAUCAGAAGCAGCAUCCAGUCCUGAGCUAUUAGUGCACAGCCCAAAGUGAGGCUUGAACUCAUGAACCAUGAGAUCCUGACCUGAACAGAAGUCAGAGGCUUAACCAACUGAGCCACCUAGGCACCCCUAAGUGCCAUUAAAAAGAGAGAGAGAGAGAGAGAGAGAGAGAGAGGAAGGAAGGAAGGAAGGAAGAAAGAAAGAAAGAAAGAAAGAAAGAAAGAAAGAAAGAAAGAAAGAAAGAAAGAAAGUCUAUUUAUUGAGAGAGAGAGAAAUAGCAGAGAAGGGGCAAAGAGAGAGGGAGAGAAUUCCAAGGAGGCUCAGAGCCCACUGCAGGGCUGGAUCUCACAAAGUCUGAGAUCAUGAUCUGAGUGGAAUACUGUAUCCAUCAAGACUCAGAUGCUUAACGGACUGUGCCAUCCAGGCGCAAGUGCCAAUUUUUGAUGGGAUUUGAGAACCAAUGGGUAAAAUUCACGGAUAAGAACUACACAAUUUAAGACUGUGUGAGCUUUCAAAAAGUCAAAUAAAAUGAAAUAUUUAUUCCAAUUGCAGUUCUCAAUUCAUUCCCACCUUGUAAAAGUUAAACAUUUCCUAUUUCUCGUUACUAAAAAAGAACCCUCACUUAAACUUACAUUUAAAAAGUUUCUCAGUCGGGGCGCCUAGGUGGCUCAGCCGGUUAAACGGCUGACUUUGGCUCAGGUCAUGAUAUCACCGUUUGUGAAUUCUGAUCCCUCCCCUUCUCUCUGCCCCUCCCCUGCUGGUUCUCCAUCUCUCUCAAAAAUAAAAUUUAAAAAUUUUAUUAAUAAAAAAAUAAAAAUAAAAAGUUUCUCUGCCAACUUCAAUGUGCAAGAAGGUCUGUAGUUCUCCAAAAUCCUUUGAGGCAGGAAGCGAGCAAAUCCGUCAAACUUUGUUUCAAAGCUCCGGAAAGUGUUUUCUGCUUCCCUCCGCUUUAGCGUGCUUUCCCGCGCAGCCACGUCGCUUGUACUGCCGGGUGAGAAACUUAGCAUCUUUCGCACCACCGUGGGCGGGGCGUAGCUCCCAGGGAACUCCCAGCGUUCACCCAGGGUGCGUGCUCCCCGCCCUGUUUCCUGCGUUCCCGCCAGAUUUUUAAGUUUCAUUUCUCGCUCUGACUGCUGGCUUCUCCUCCCUCGGCCUUUUCGCGAAGCCGAGUCUCCCGGCUUUCGGGGAGCAGAGAGCACCAGCCAUGGAUCACCGGGGCGGAAAGGCCACGAGGACAGCUUCAAAGGCCGCGACCGCUACCUCCAAGAUUUCGGCUCAGGGAGUGAAGGGUCUCCGGGAGGAGCCCAUCGAAUCUCCGUCCGCCCCUGGGGCUACCCGACCCAACUCACGGAAGUGCGGCGCCGUCGGGGCAUCGGGAUCCCUGCAGAGGAGGAGCACCCCCGGCUCCCCAGAGAGACCCCAGGUACGCGCGCGGGGUGCCCGCGCCAAAAAGGCGCUUCUGGACGCUGAGGACGCGGUGGAGGGGCAGGCGGUUCCGGCGGCGAAGCUGGAGCCUCCGGCGGCGGGGCCGCCCCUUUCCAGGGCUAGUUCUCGCCGCAGGGGCAGCGCGCGCGCCGCUGGGGAGCAGAGACCCCCGCCAGAGCCCACGGAGUUUCCCAGCCCUGGCCCGCUAGUUUCAGCUUCGGGGGCGGCUCCCGGCGGCUGGAAUCCCCGGGCGGUGCUAGACAAAUUGAGGCUGAGGCGCCAGGAAAUCUCAUUGGCGGCUGAGACUGUGAACAAGGUUGUGGACCACCUGCUGCGGGGCUUGAAGAGCUGUGAUUCCGAAUUCAAAGACGUCGGGCUGCUGCGCACCGGAAGCUACUACGAGCAUGUGAAGAUUUCUGCUCCUAAUGAAUUUGAUAUUAUGUUCAAACUGGAGGUCUCCAGAAUUCAGCUAGAAGAGUAUCGCAACAGUGGUGCAUAUUACUUUGUGAAGUUCAAAAGAAAUCCUAAAGGAAAUCCUCUGAGUCCGUUUUUAGAAGGGGAAAUAUUAUCAGCUUCUAAGAUGCUGUGGAAGUUUAGGAAAAUCAUUAAGAAAGAAAUUGAAAACAUUGAAGAUGUCAUUGUCCAGAGGAAGAAGAGAGGGAGUCCUGCUGUAACACUUCUUAUUAGAAAACCUAAAGAAAUAUCUGUGGAUAUAACCCUGGCUUUGGAGUUAAACACCAGCUGGCCUGCUAGCACCAAGAAUGGCCUGCCCGUCAAGGACUGGCUUGGAACAAAAGUUAGAAGCAGUCUAAGACAGCAGCCAUUUUACCUGGUCCCCAAGCAUGCAAAGGAAGGAAAUGGUUUUCAAGAAGAAACGUGGCGGCUAUCUUUCUCUCACAUUGAAAAGGACAUUUUGAAAAGUCACGGACAAUCUAAAACAUGCUGUGAAAUUAAUGGGAUGAAGUGUUGCAGGAAAGAUUGUCUAAAACUAAUGAAAUAUCUUUUAGAACAAUUGAAAAUAAAGUUUGAAGACCGAAAGGAACUGGAUAAGUUCUCCUCUUACCAUGUGAAAACUGCCUUCUUUCAUGUAUGUACCCAGGAGUCACAAGACAGUCACUGGCACACUAGAGACCUGGAGCUCUGUUUUGAUAACUGUGUGGCAUACUUUCUUCAGUGCCUCAAGAUAGAACAUCUUGAGCAUUAUUUUAUUCCUGGAUUCAAUCUAUUCUCUCGGGACCAAAUUGACAAAAUAAGUAAAGAAUUUCUAUCACAGGAAAUUGAAUAUGAGAGAAACAAUGGAUUUCCAGUUUUUCAUAAACUUUGAAAUUAUAUUUUUAAAAAGAGUCAAGAAUUAGAGUGACUUUAUAAUAUUGCAGUGUUUGAAAUUUGUCACAUUAAUGAUUAACUAAAAUGAAUGUAAAUCAUUUAACUCUUUUGUCUUAAUGAACUAGAAUCAGUAUAAACAGUUUGAUUAUCCUAGGAAAGAGAUUAGUCAAGGAAUAAAGAAGCAAAAGGAGUAUUUACAAUAUAAAAGCUUUACUAGACUGGAAUGAAAAGGACAAAAUACUUAUCACCUGAAUUAAAUUCAUCAAGCACUUAGUAAACACCACUUCUCACCUGGCACAAAUGUGUAGAAAUUUGCAAGAGACGUUAGAAAUGAUCACUGCCUCCAUAAAAAUGGCAGACUUUGUUCAAUGCUCAAACAUAUUUGGAAGCAAUGUCUUGUCACAUAUGCCAGAAUCAGUAAGAAGGAAAUGAAAAGUCUACAUCAUCUCUACAUGUCUCAGGAAAUCCAAGUCAUAGAAAAAUAUAGAAUAAUGCACAUGGAUAAAUAUAAAACAUACAACUUACUUUUAUUAUAUUUAGUAACACUUUUAUAUAUAUUUCUGAAAAGGCAAUACAUGCAUAUGGUACAACACUCAAAGAAACAGGUACUUCCAUACCUGCUAUUUCCAAAUGUUACCCUUUCUCCUCUGUGCUCAGGCAGCAUUCAACUUAGAAGCAGCUGCUGUUUGUUAACUUUUUCCCAUUCAUACAUUUUGCACAUUUUCUUAUUGGCUAUUUUACUGUUUUCUCAUUUUUUGUAGUUCUUUAUAUAUUUUGGAUACUUACGCUUUGUUGGUUGUCUGUGUAACAAAUAACUUCUCUCAUGUCUUUACCAUUUUUGGUGUUUUAGUAAACAAGGUUUUAAAAUUUUAAUGUA